ACUUUGAACUACUUAACCUAUAAUAAUAAAAAAACAAAUGAAAUAAAAACAAUAGAUUAGUUAAGUGGAUAUGUGAUCAUAGUGUGCACGAUGGCAGAGACUGCAGCUAAUUAUUACUUAACGUCGGAGACGAACCCUUCGAUAUUCGAGAUCAUAGCGCAGAAAUCGCUGAACGUGACCCUCGAACCCGCGCUAAGAAAGGUCGCCGAGUUCCUUGCCGCCUCCAGCCCAAACCGCUUCGGAUGGCUGAAUAAGUAUUACGAUGAGACUUUCAUGGCUUUGAAUGGUUUAUUGCAAUACCAUUACUUGAAGAACCAUAGCGCUUCAUUUGCCGAGUAUUUUUACGGAUUGAAGCGGAUACGUUUAGACGAUUACGAGAUUACGAAAUGCGAAAAGAUAAUGUCUUGGAGCAUCUUGGUGAUUCUGCCUUAUCUGAAGAGCAAAUUGGAGGAGAAACUUCAGGAUUACAGAUUGGGCAUCGCGGAACAAUCCAUACCGAACAACAAUUUCAAGGGUAAAUUGAUUAGAACGUUGAUCUUGGCGCAUUCGGGUUACGAGGCGACUUGGGGCUCCUGGGUUCUCAUCAACUACCUGAGGUACAUGUCUAACAUAGAGGAAUCUCAGUUACCUGCGCUCAAGUUGCUGCAGCUCAAACUGAUCUACUCGGACGUCGAGAACGAUUUCCACUCCUUCUGGUCGUCACUCCUCAAAGGUCAGAUGAGCUUUUCCGAGUUGAGCGUCGGUUUAGCGCAGAACGCCGUCCGAAGCACUCUGGAGAUUUCGGCUUUCUUCGUGCAAUUCCUGCAGGCUUGGAACAAGGAGAAGGCCAACUUCAGCAUAACCGCAUUACCAUCGAUUCCUCCACCAGAAUUGGAUAGCAAAGCGAAAAAUUAUAAAGAGAAAUGCCCAAUCUGUUUACAAACCUGGAAAGUACCUACUGUUCUUCCAGUCUCCGGGUACGUCUUUUGCUUCAGCUGCAUUAUAAAUCACCUGAGAGAAAACGGGACGUGUCCUGUCACAAAUUACCCUGCAAAAGCUAAAGAUGUCAUACGGUUGUAUUAAUUCCUUUUUAAUUUUUUAAUUAUUUCAUCAUUCGGUCUAAGGAUUUGUACAUUUU